AUGGCAACCAAUAAAUCUUCUGAACUAAUUGAAACAAUCAGUCAGCGAGGUAGAACGUUAUUGGUGAAAAAUAAGUUCAAAUACAGAGAAGAAAGUAGAAAAAUUGUUUCUGGGGAGACCAAGUGGACGUGUAUUAAGGAUAGGUGCACCGCCUAUCUGAGGACGAUAGGAGACAGAGACCAUCGAGUCGUUACUGGUAAAAGGGAACAGCAUUUCCAUGAACCUGACCCAGAUUGUGUUCUAAAAAGACAACUGUUAAACCAACUCGUCAAGAAAAAAGUGAAAAGUGAAAUCACUGAAAACCCUUCCCACUUGACAAAGAAAAUAUUGGCUGAGGAAGAUUCUACCUCCGCGACUGGAAGAUCUAAUGCUCGACUAGAUUUGCCUAUUCCAGGACCAUUGGGACAAGGCGCCGAACCAUCUGAUACAUAUUUGGAAUUGCCGAGUACCUCCAAUGAACCAGAGACUUUGCCUAAAAGUUGA